AUGCAUAAAACUACACCUCCUUCGGCUCCUAAUGGGCCUUUGAAAGAGACAACUGUGUCAAUAAUGCCAAUGAAUGGUUACACAUCACCUGCACUCCCUCCAAUCGACACCUCAAAUUCCCCGUUUUCUGCAGACCUAAAUCACUAUACGCCCAGAAGAUAUUCGCCUUCUUAUUCUUCAUGCGCCGGCUCCAGUGGCCAGAACUAUGAGUUUAUUCAUGUUUCUCUACUCACCAAUGUGAAAUAUGAGGCAUUGUCUUAUGCAUGGGGUGAUUUGCCUGCAAACAAAACAAUUAAGAUCGAUAAGACAGAUUACUACGUGCGAGACAAUUUAUUUGCAGCACUAGAAGCUCUUCGUCUGCGGAGUCGGCGGCGUUAUCUGUGGGUGGAUGCUGUAUGCAUCAAUCAAGAAGACUUUGAUGAGCGCAAUGCGCAAGUUGCACUUAUGAGUCAAAUAUAUGCGAAAGCCGAUGAGGUUAUUGUCUGGUUGGGGAAAGCUGGAAGAGAUUACUGGGGCGCAAUGACUUUGCUAGACAGUCUGGGCAAUUCCGCAACGUCUGCGAAAGAGUUAUCGAGAUCCGUAACAGAACAUGCAGCUGUUUCUCAUGUAAAGUUUUGGACUGAAUUGUCUAUGUUGUGCCACAGGCCAUAUUGGCAAAGACUUUGGAUUAUACAAGAGGUAGUCCUCGCUUCAAAAAUCAAAGCGCACUGCUCAUCAUUAAUCUUUGAUUGGGAGCGCCUAGAUUGGACAGCCACAAGCUUAUAUGUUGGUACAUCGUUAGCUGGAGGCGGCGAUAAAGGAUACUUUAGCUUACUCCAGACACUGGAAGCUAUCCGAAAUAUGAAGCAUUAUGCAACCGAUCAAAGAGAUAGGUUUUUUGGCUUGUAUAGCCUUGCAAAGGAUUGCUGCACCAAGGCCACGCCUGCAGAUUAUAGACAAACGUUCUUCGAAACUAUAUCUAUGGUUACUCUGCAUCAUUUCCGUCGCCAUACCGAUAAACUUGACGUUCUUCAGAAAUAUGAACAUUUCCGACAAACUCUUGCGAGAACGAUGCCCAAUUCAAUCCAUAUCGUGCAAGAUUUCCUCGAUCAUAAUCCAGAUGCUUUGGAAGGUCAAGAGAUAAUGAAAGCAGUUGGAAACGUUCGAGGAUCUAUUGUGUAUAUUAGCCCACCGCUAAAAGAUUUAUGUUUAACAGACUAUCUUCGAGGUUUAGACUUUUUAGACUUGAAUGCAACUCCACUCAUUGAGGAUCAAUUGCGUUACUUCUUUCAUCAACGCGGCGGUAAAGGAUACUUUCACAAUGAUCGGCUUCAUAAUAUCGAUGAUAUUUGCAAUUAUGGGAGUCGUGAGAAAUGCUCAUUUUCGGCUUUUUACUUGAAAGCUGCCCCUAGAGUCGAGGAUAUCGAUUUGCUGGCUUCUGAUGUAUCAAGCCCGCGUCAAAAGUCGCUGCCACCAGGAAAGAGAGAUCGCAUAGUGAAUCAACUAAUGUCCUCGUUCAAUCAAACCCUCCAUGAAGCAAAAUGGAAGGCAGAGCAAUCUAGCAAUACUACACAAGUCAGGUUGUUCUUGGAAGAGAAUGGGAUGAUAGGAUACGUAUCAGACAAUGCACAAGUUGGCGAUCUCAUUGUUCAGUUCCGCGCUACAAGCACCGCUGUAGUCAUGAGAAAGGAAGGAGAUCAAGGUAACAUUGUCGGAAGAGUAUGCGAUCUACUCGAUCGCCGUUCGAAGCAUGGAAAGUCACGACCUUUUGUAUGCCAAGAUCAAGACAUCGACGAGAAUGGAUUUGAUGUGCCACCUCAAUUAAUAUGUUUACGCAUGAAGCUUUCAGCCUUGCGGAUGUUUGCCAAUGGAAAUAUAAUGUAUAAUUGA